GAGGCGUUGGUGGCGGCGGCGGCGGGAGGCGCGGUGGGACCAGGCGGCGGCCCCCGCCCCAAGAAGUCCGUCCCCGCGAGGCGCUGGGGAGCCCAGGGAGGGGAAGCCGCCAGGCUGCGCCACGUCUGUCGCCCGCCCUAGAGCGGGUUUUGCAGGCGGCUCCACGCUGGGGGCUUUUGUGUCUGUGACUCGGGAGCGGUGAGAGCGCAGACCUCCUCCUCAGAGGGCGCUGUGAGUGCGCCGCCAGGGCCGGGCCGCCCGCUCCUGCCUCCCCUGUCAGCGGCUCCUCAGGCGGCGGCGGCGGCGACGAAGAAGGAGUGGGAGGAGACGGCGGCGCACUAGUCCUCCGCACAUGCCGGCCCCGGGCGGGGGGCCACCCCCAGGCCUCGCUCCCUCCUACCGCCGCUGAGCUCGGCCAGCCCCAGCACGCUGCCCGGCCGCCCGGAGGCCUCGUCCUCCUCCCAAACUUUGCAAAGUCGGCCCGCGUCCACGCCGCCUUCGGCCGCGCCUCGGCUCCGAGGCUUGCCUCGCAGCCGCAGCGGCCCCGCGAGGAGGAGGAGGAGCCGCCGCUGCCGCCGCAUCAAAGAGACCGAAUUCCCGCGGCCUGGGGGGGAGUCAUGCUUUGCGGUUUGUAAUGUCAGCGGAACAGGAGAAGGAUCCCAUUUCGCUGAAGAGAGUUCGAGGUGGUGAUAGUGGACUGGAUGGGUUAGGAGGACCAGGUGUACAACUUGGAAGCCCAGAUAAGAAAAAAAGAAAGACAAAUACACAGGGGCCUUCUUUUCCUCCACUGUCUGAGUAUGCUCCACCACCGAAUCCAAACUCUGACCAUCUAGUGGCUGCUAAUCCGUUUGAUGACAACUAUAAUACUAUCUCCUAUAAACCACUACCUUCAUCAAAUCCAUAUCUUGGCCCUGGUUAUCCUGGUUUUGGAGGAUAUAGCACAUUCAGAAUGCCACCUCAUGUUCCUCCAAGAAUGUCUGCCCCAUACUGUGGUCCUUACUCACUCAGGAAUCAGCCACACCCAUUUCCUCAGAAUCCUCUGGGCAUGGGUUUUAAUCGGCCUCAUGCUUUUAACUUUGGGCCACAUGAUAAUUCUAGUUUUGGAAAUCCAUCUUAUAAUAAUGCACUAAGUCAGAAUGUUAAUAUACCUAAUCAACAUUUCAGACAAAAUCCUGCUGAAAACUUCAAUCAGAUUCCUCCACAGAAUGCUGGCCAGGUAUCUAAUUCUGACUUGGCAUCUAAUUUUGUCCCUGGAAAUAAUUCAAAUUUUACUUCUCCACUAGAAUCUAAUCAUUCUUUUAUUCCUCCCCCAAAUACUUUUGGUCAAGCAAAAGCACCACCCCCAAAAUCAGACUUUAAUCAAGGAGCAACCAAAAACACUAAUCAAAAUUCCUCUGCUCAUCCACCUCACUUAAAUAUGGAUGACACAGUGAAUCAGAGUAAUAUUGAAUUAAAAAACGUUAAUAGAAACAAUGCAGUAAAUCAAGAAAAUAGCCGUUCAAGUAGCACUGAAGCUACAAACAACAGCCAUGCGAAUGGGACACAGAAUAAGCCACGACAACCUAGAGGUGCAGCAGACACGUGCACCACUGAAAAAAGCAAUAAAUCCUCUCUCCACCCAAGCCGUCAUGGCCAUUCUUCUUCUGACCCAGUGUAUCCUUGUGGAAUUUGUACAAAUGAAGUGAAUGAUGAUCAGGAUGCCAUCUUAUGUGAAGCAUCUUGUCAGAAAUGGUUUCAUCGGAUCUGCACUGGAAUGACUGAAACAGCUUAUGGCCUGCUAACAGCAGAAGCAUCAGCAGUAUGGGGCUGUGAUACUUGUAUGGCUGAGAAAGAUGUCCAGUUAAUGCGCACUAGAGAAACUUUUGGUCCACCUGCAGUGGGCAGUGAUGCUUAAUCACAGGCAUUAACUGAAGUGGGGUUUUCUCCCCUUGUGUAUUACAAAGGUUCAGUGACACAGGAUUUUAAAUGUUUUACAAUAUUUUUUUAAAUGCACAUGCAAAAAGAUUACUUUUUUUUUACUACUAUUCCACUUCAUUACUAGUGCAAAUUUUGUAGUCUUCAUUUGCUAUCUUAAAUGAGAGUAAUGUAUAUGAGGGUGCUUUAGAAAGUACUAUAUAAGUAAAUGCUAGUUGUUCCUAUUCAUAAAAGCCUCUUGAAGUUUCAAAAUAAUAUAUAGCAAAUGUAGGCAAGUUUUGACUUUUAAAAGUUAGCACCAUUGAAGAGUGUGUAUUUCAGUGCUGAACUUGGGCGAUUCCAUAUUGAACAUUUAUUUCAAAAACUUUUUCAAGGAUUCAUUUAACAUGUUUUCAGAAAAAAAAUAUGUGUAGCUAUCACAUGGAAGAAAAUAUACAUUUUAAUAGAUGUUUUUAAAAAUAACAAAGUAUGACACCAUAUUGCUCCCUGACUAGGGUCCUUGAAAUUAGUGACUUUCAUAUUUAAAUCCAGUCUCUUCAGGAUAUCUGUUUAUACAGAUAUGAGACUAGUGUUAGCCAAUAGUAGAUGCUCAGUAUGUAUUUGUUGAUUAACUUGUGAAUUGUACCACAUGAAAUUGCUAAUAUUAGAUCAGUUGAAAAUUGACUUCAAUUACUAGAGUUGACAAAGUAUGUUAUUAGUUGUGCUAUGUAGAACUGUAACAGUAUUAGGCUUUUCUUCAUUUUAUUUGAUUGUUGGUUGUUUUGUUACUGUUUUCCAGAGAAAUAAAUAAUAUAGUAGUCUCAGGAGAAUUGUGAACACUUUUAAAAACAUGAUUCCAAUCUGGAAUAUACUGCAAAUGAGAUGGGUAGAAACAUAAAUUUGGCUUUAGAGCACUCUGCGGGCUAAAAAACAACUCACUGACAGUUUGAAAAAUCUUGUUCUGGGGAGGUGAAUUAAAAACUGAGCCUUAAGGGAGAUCAAAAUUCAUUUUAAGCAAAGGUCAGUUUAAUAGCUAAGGUGUAAGCUAACUUACAAACAACAAUUUAAGGCCUUACAGCAAUUUUGCUGUGACUGGGGAAAGUAUAAAAAUGGACCUGAGUGUGUCCUCUUAAGAGAUGAUAAAGAAUGGAAACAGCUGGAGGUGAACUAGUUAAGAUUCAAAACAUCAGAAAUCCACUUGUGGGAGUGGAUCAUAACCUGUGACCAAAAAAACUCCAGGAUACUAUAUGACAUUUGAUAGCAAUUUAUACAAUGGUUAGAUGUCAUUGAGGCUCCCAAACCUGCGCCAUCUUCAUCGGGACCAAAAAAGUUCUGAAGACCAUGUGGUAAUCUGAAAGGGGUAAUUAAUCACUACUAUUUAAACCCUGAUGAACAAUAACAGCAGCAUAUUGACAAGAAGCUAAAAUUAGGCCUGAAAAAUCUGACUUAGAAAAUAUCUUUUGGUUAAUAGCCCAAUUAA